GACAGAAGACCCUACACCGAGUGAUGCAUAAACAUGGCGGACCACAUGCAGCAGUUGCUUGCAAAUGUGGAGGCGUUAGUCAGUGGGCAGGCACGCAUUGAGCUGUGUUUGGAUGGGCUGGCCUCAGAGCAGCGCCUCCAUGGAGACCGCCUGCUGGGUUUGGAGAAGAAGGUCAGCCAGAUCACAGACAAGCGCCUGAGCCAGAACUCCGACAAGGGACAACGAGUUCAACCCACCACUCCAGCCAGAGCCUCUACAGUCUUUGAGUUGCAGCACUGGUCGCCUGCGCAGGCCACAUCGCACAACAAAGCAGCCAAGGAGGAUGACAGCUCCACACGGUCGCCGCUGGCAUCCCCCAUGCCGUCCCCCAUGCCAAGGAAGGCCAGCGCCCUCAGCUUCGACAUCGGCUCAGACGAUGGUGUGAAGAUGGUGAGUUGGAUGACUGGCACGGGCAGCAUGCAGUGGGAGGAAAACGAUGAUGGCCUCCUGCCGCCGGCCAGUGUUGCAGGGGAGGCCCCCACCCUUGCAGCAGAUUGGCCUCACUGCAUUCCUUGCCGAAAAUUUGGUUUGCUGCCAGAAUCCCCAGAUUCUGCCAUAGCAAAGCUGCCCACGCAGACGUUGAUGGAGCGGAUGACCUUGAAGGUGACAUCUGCGCAACCUCAAGAGGGCAAGACCUCUUUUCAAUCAAGGUUUGGGUCGUGCAUUCUGGAGCCCAGUUCGAAGAAGCGCAUCGUGUUUGACCUCUGUGCUAUGGUGUUUCUGCUCUACGACUUGUGCGUCACACCCGUGGCCAUCGCCUGGGACUUCCCCAUGAAGGGCUGGCUUCUGUAUUGCACGACCUUUGUCGCAACCUUCUGGACCGUGGACAUAGUGGUCACAAUGCGGACAGGCUUUUACCAACAAGGGACUCUCGUGGUGAAGCCUGGGCUCAU